AUGCCGCCGCCACCUUCUCCACCUUCCUCGUUUUCCCCAUCGAGCCAACCACCAGCCAGAUCCAUUCCAGCCCGCAGCUCCCCUUCUCCACCCUCGGAUGAAGAUCCAAGGGAUCUCCUCGUGCCAGCCAGGGCCUUCCGGCAGCUUCCCUCGCUCUGGAUCGGGCUCCCCAUCUCCCGAGCACCUCCUUGCCGCGUCGCGCCGGCCGGCCGCCGAUGCCCCGAGACCAGGCGCCCUCUGCUCUGCCGGAGUCGCCAGUGCCUCGUCUGCCUCCCCUGCAUCACGCCCCGUCGCCGGGAGCUCGUCCCCAAGUCCCGCCAGCGCUGCCUCGCCAAGUCGUCGCCGUCCCCACCUCCGGUGCCCAAGCUGCGUCGUCGCCUGCCGCAGUCCCUGUCGCCGUCGUCUUCAACGGUUCCUGACAAGGACGACGCCCUCCUGUCCGUCUCGAGCGCCAAGUCCCUCGCCUCGCUGCCUCGUCGCCGCAGCAAAAGCAGCAGUUCGCCAAGUCCCGGCAACCGCUCCACCUCUGCGUGCCCGUCGCCUCCUCCACCGGAUCUCGUCCACUCUGUCGCCCAACCGCCGGUCUCCUUCGCUGCAUCGAGCAGCACCAGUUCAGACAGAGGAGGGCGAUGCCUCUGCCUCGACACCUCCCGUUGA